AUGUUGCGCAAAUUAUAUGAUGAAGAACAAAUAGAGGAAGAUAAAUUUGAAGAAGAGGAGGAAGAAGAUUCUGGUCCCAUCUAUGACACCGAUGGAGAAGGGGAAUUUUGUGAAAGAAUAAGUUUCUUGGUUGAAGAAGAAUUUAUUGAAGAAAUUGAAGAAGAAACUAAUUUCGUGAUUGGAGAUGAAUUUGUUGAAGCAAUUGUGGAAGAAAUCAAUUUUGUUGAUAUGGACAAAAUUAUUGAAGAAAUUGUGAUUUUUGUUGAACAACAAAUUUCAUUCCAAGAGCUUACAACCACGAGAACAAAUGACUAUAAGUGCCACAAAAAUUCAGGUUCUCAUAUCUUUUAUGAAUAUAAUUUCUUUUCUAAAGAUCUUAAAGAAAUCCAAAUUGGAAGCUUCAUUGAUCAAGAAGGUUUAUUCAUUUUUCAUCUUCAUUUUCGUUUCAAAGUGUGGGAGAUUUUUACACUUUGGAGGCCAUGGAAUGCUUAUAUUUUGCAUUUUGAAGGCCUUGGUGAGAGGAGAAAGCAUGGUGAGAUGUUGGAUUUUACUAAUUAUGAUCUUACUAAUGUUGUUUUUGUUUUGUCUUCAUUCAUUGAUCAAAAGGAGAAAAAAGACUUCCAUAUUACUUUUGAUAAAAAAGUUUUGUGCAAUUGA